ACCUCCACCUUCUUUGAGGACCACCACUCCCAACGCUGAUGUUUGGAUCUUCUUUGAGGACCACCACUCCCAAUGCUGAUGUUUGGUCAAAUCCACCUUCUUUGAGGACCACCACUCCCAGAGCUGAUGUUUGGUCACCUCCACCUUCUUUGCCGUGAGGGACAGAUGUCUUCACCACUCCACCCAACCAUAAAUCACUCAGAAGGUUGGAAAACCCCGGUCGGGUGUCUUCUUCAUCCACCGCCGUGGGAGAACCGGGAGGAGGUGGAGGAACCAACCCAUCACUGUCAUCACUGUCAACGUGGACUCGGUGGUCAAUGAUGGACAGAGGUGGCUUUUGGCCAGAUUUGGAAGCCCUUCCUCCAAAGGAGGAAGGUGUUGAGAAGGUCCAUAAAAGGUCUCCACGGCACGGUGGGUGGCAGGAGGCAGGAUGAGACCUUGCCCAGCGGUUCUUCUGCUUCUUCUGCUGGUGGGGCUGAGCAGAGCCACCACGCCGACGCCAGAUGGAUCCACACCAGCGUUGGUUGGAUCUACACGAGAGGAGAACGGAUCCAUCUCGCCGGCCGGGCCACCGCUGUGGGCCGUGAGCUAUGAGGACAUCAUCUCGGCGGUCCUGAAGCUCCUCAACACCAGGGCUGUCAGUCCCUACGUCCUCCGGCUCCGAGAGGUCCAUCCCCAACCCGGUUGGCUCAGGGACCUGCGGCGCCCCCAGGAGCUGAGCUUCUCCGUGGAGGAAACCUCAUGUCCAGCGCCAGGAGUGGCCACCAACACCUGCAAGACCUUCUGGUUUGGGGUGAGGCUUUUGUUCCCACCAGGAGAGGAGCAGCCAAUGGGGAAACUGAGGCACGGGUUGAGUCAAGAGUCCUCUUCUCAUUGUCUCCAUCUGCUUCUCCAAAGGCGGUGAGUC